AUGACUCGUUCCUCUCAUUCAGGAGAAUUACAAUAUAUCCCUGAGAUUGAGAAAGUCGCAAGGCAACUAAGGAAAGAAACAAAGCAAAGAAAUAGCUCCUCGAGUUCUGAAGAGGUAAAUUCAACCUGUGAUCCAGUAAACGAGGAGGUUGCAAGUAAAAUGGCUGAACCAAAUAAUAGAACACUUAGGGAGUUAGCUGCACCGGAUCUAAACCAACAACCUCUAUGCAUAACAAUACCAAAUCUUGAGGUUGAUUUUGCUUUAAAAUAUGGUUUGAUUCAUUUACUCCCUAUUUUUCGAGGUUUGGCUGGUGAAGACCCACAUAAACACUUGAAAGAGUUUCAAGUAGUUUGUGCAGGUAUGAAACCACGUGGGGUGACUGAUGAGCAUAUAAGUCUUAGAGCAUUUCCAUUUUCAUUAAAAGAUAAAGCAAAAGAUUGGCUCUAUAAUCUUUCCCCUAAUUCAGUUAACACGUGGAAUGAUGUGAAAAAAUUAUUUCUAGAAAAAUUCUUCCCUGCAUCUAGGGCAACUAAUAUUAGGAAGGAAAUAUAUGGGAUAAGGCAAUGUACAGGUGAAACAUUGUAUGAGUAUUGGGAAAGAUUCAAGGAGUUGUGUUCUAGCUGUCCACACCAUCAAAUCUCAGACCAACACUUGAUACAAUACUUUUAUGAAGGGCUGUUACCUACAGAUAGAAGUAUGGUAGAUGCAGCUAGUGGUGGUUCUUUGGCUGACAAGACACCCACGGAUGCUAGACAAUUAAUAUCAACCAUGGCAGAAAAUUCUCAACAAUAUGGGACACGUGUGAAUGGAUCUAUUCGUAGAGUUAACGAGGUAAGUACUUCUCAACUUGAAAAUAAAAUUUCAGAUUUGACUACUCUUGUGCGUCAAAUGGCUGUAGGACAAAUGCAAUCUACGGGAGCAUGUGGAAUAUGUUCAUUUGUUGGGCAUCCCACAGACAUGUGCCCAACAUUGCAAAAUCCAAAUCAAGAGUUGAAUGCAAUAGGGGGAUUUCCUGGUCAACCCAACCGAAAAUAUGAUCCCUUUUCAAACCAGUAUAAUCCCGGAUGGAGAGAUCAUCCAAACUUGAGCUAUGGGAAUCAAGGGGCGCAACCAAGGUUUCAAAAUCAGAAUUUUAGACAAUUCCAAACACCUCAGCAACCUCAAUCCCAAGCUUCAAAUUUAGGUAUGUCUUUAGAUGAAAUUGUUAAAGCACUUGCUAAUAACACUCAACAGUUUCAACGAGAAACAAGAGCAAGUAUUCAACAAUUGGGCAAUCAAGUUUCUCAAUUAGCCACAUCUGUUAGCAAGUUGGAAGCCCAAGCUUCGGGGAAACUACCAUCACAAACGGAGGUAAACCCUAAAGAAAAUGUAAAUGCAAUCACAUUGAGGAGUGGUAAGCAACUUCAGCCUGAAUCUCCAUUAUCAGUGGAAGAGGAAAAAGAGGAAAAAUCAAAGGAGGAAAGUGAGUCUACGGCUAAUGAAAAAUCCAAGGUAAGUUCUGAAUCUUCUUUUGGUCAAUAUGAUUCAUCUCUACCCCCUUUUCCUUCAAGGUUAGCAAAAUCAAAAGAAGAACAUGAAAAUCAGAUUUUAGAAACCUUUAGGAAGGUAGAAGUCAACAUCCCCUUACUAGAAGCCAUAAAGCAAAUUCCUAAGUAUGCAAAGUUUCUAAAGGAACUUUGUACCAAUAAGAGGAAGUAG